CUGUUAGGCUUGGGACAGAAAUUACACACAAGCUGGUCUAAGAGAUUGGAAACAGGUUCAGAUCUGGAACACAACAGAAGGAUGGUGCACAUAAGCCACUUUCAAGAUUGCCGAAACGGGUUUAAGAUAAGCCUGGAUGGAUGUAGUAUUAGACUGAACUGAUUUAGAUUAAAUUGGUUUAUUGUACUUCUGACCCAGACCCUCUCCAGAUUCAUAUUAACACAUAGUCCCCCAGCAUCCCUGGACCUCUGCCAGCCUGCAAGGGAAAAACCACCUUUGCCCACGUUUUCCUCCAUUAAAAGACAAUCCACUCUUAAAGUUUGUUGAUCCAGUUUUAAAGUUUGUUCGUGACCCUUUCAUAGGCACUUGUGACCCCCUUUUGGGACACAACCCGCAAACUGAGAACCGCUGCGGUAGAGCAGCAGGGUCGGUCGCGGAGCGCGCUGCUGCGGAGCGGAGGGGCAGUGCCGCUCAACCUUGUGAGACGGAUCCCACGUACCAGAUCAGACCUCUUUGUGGGCCAGAUGAAGCCUGUGGGCUGUAGAUUGCCACCCCUCUUAUAGCUCCUUUUCAGCUGGGGCUUUGUAGAUGCUCCUGUUACCUUGUUUCUACAUCGAAAGACUCGUGCUACACGGCAGGGUAGGCUUUCACCUCGUAGACUAAGUCAAUCAGAGGUGCGUAAGCUUUUGUAAGCUAGCUCGCUUCUUACCCCUUUCUUUUUCCUCCCUUCCCUACCCUUUGUUUUCCAGUAACUGCUCUCUGUUUAGAACCGCUGCUUCCUGAAACGUCUUGUUUGACAACAGAGCCGUCCAAUUUCUGAGUGGCUGGGGCUGCAGCCCCCCUAUCCGCAUGCUGUAGGGGCUGCAUGCCCACCAGAGCCGCAUCCUGCACGAGCUGAAAGGGGUCUGCAGGACCUCCCCAGCCACAGACUCCCUUGCACCAGGACUGUGCCGCCCUGCCUUGGCCCUAGUGCAGAAGGGGUGGCGGGGGGAAGUGGGCACGCAGGAAGCAGAUGCUGGGCUAGGGAAGGGGAUUUUGGUGGCAGCAGCAGCAGCGAAGCGAUGGGGCAAGCAGACUUGGGACUGGGAGUGUGGGAGCUGCACGCAGCCCACAGGCCACCAGUCGGAUGGCCGUAACUGUUUGGCUUUCUGUGGUUUACUCUCCUUAUGUGCUGUCCCUAUAUUCAUUUGAGUUCUCGUUGAGUUUUCCUUUUCUUACUCCUUUUUUGAAACAUCUCCUAGGUUGAUCCUGAUGGUAAAACAAGCGUACCCGUUAAGAUGACUGCGGGGAAAGUAUCCUGUUUUCAUCUACGCAGCCUGGCCAUGCAGAAAAAUGUAGAUACUCUUCUGGAGGAUUUUGAGAACAUCCAUGCAUUUUUCUCAACAUACAGGACCUUUGCCUCUCCUGGCGAGGUCCUAGAAAUGCUCCUCAGCAGGCAUGGAAAGCUGGAGACCUCGAGCUGCAGAGAUGAAAGUCCAGCUUUCUCAGCAGACUCCAGGGCAGUCCUCAGGAAUCCAGUCAUCUUCUUUCUGAAAAUCUGGCUGCACUUCAGCGCUGAAGAUUUCAGGGAGCCGCCAAAGCACCUCACUCUGGAGAAGGUGAUAGCCCACCUUCAGAAAAAUGUCCCUGGCUCUGAAAUUGAAAUGGAGGUGAAACAUCUCCUUCACCAGUUUAAAAGUGUAGGAGAAAAUGAGAUGAUGGGCUUCUGA